UGGUUUGCGAAGAAAUGAGGAAGAAUGAACGGAAGAAAAAGAAUUUUCUGAAUAAAUAAGUCUUUCUAUUAUUUUCCUUAUAACUUGGUACAUGCUUUUCUUCCGGGUUUUCCUACUUCUUCAUUCCUACCUCUCUUAUUGGUUCUUCUUCUUCCUAUGAAAGACAAGUCAGAACCCUUGCAUUUGCCUGCCUUCUCCCGAUUUCUCUUUUUUUUUUGGGUAUUACCCAAAUCUUUUGACAUGAAUUGUCUUAUGUAAUACCUUGCAGAUUCCUUAUUAUUGUAUACUUUUCUCUAUGUUUCGUACACUCAGAGCAUCCCAGCGUCGGUCGUUGGUAAAUCUGCUAUUUGGAACAACUGCUCUCUUUGCCACUGCGACUGUCGUACUUCCUUCUUUUCUCCCUUGUCCUGCUAUGCAGAAUCCUUAUGUAGGAUCACAGCCCAACUCUCAAGACGAUGAUACUGCUAAGUCUGAAUGGCCCUCUUCAAUUGUUGUUAUUGACGAUAAACGACAACAGCAAGGUCGAAAUGCAUCCCCCUCUUCUUCCAAUUAGUUCAUUUUCACAGGAUUCUGUCAAAGUUGCUCCCGACAACCUUGUACGUUAUCUUCCUUUGGUUUGAAACUCCCCUCUCACUUCUUUUACACAUGCAAUUCUUUGGCUAUUUUCUAUUUUGCUUUCGUUUUAUUGCUUUGUUAGACUACCAUAAAUGGCUGCUGAAUCUUGUGGCUGUUCGUUGAAUAUAUAAUGAGAAAGACGUAUUUUUUGGUUUUUAUAUGAAAGAUCCCACCCGUCCUUUUCUUUCUACAGUCUUGCCUUGUUCUUGAGACUGAAACAUCGGAAUCUAGGGUUCUAUGUGUGUGGUGAAUGUUUUCAAAUUAAAUGAACCUUGAUUCACGCAGAAUGAUAUUCUUCUUGGAUAUGUAGAGAUACAACUAUGAUUACCUUUAUUGAGUUAUAGCAAUUAUCCAAUGGUAAUGCUAUCAUCUUGUUUUGUUAUUGAUUCUCGUUUACGAAUCGCAAAUGGCAAAUAACUUUUUCGAACCGUCUUAAAGCUAUUUAUCAUAGGAAGAAUUCCCUUAAACAGUUUAAGUAUAUUCUUUCUGGAUACUUGCAUACUUUCUUUCCCUUAACGAAUUAUGCUUCCCUCGUGAUGUUGUAUUGGAGACGGAAAAGGAAUUUUACUUGAUUAGUUAUUUUUACUUCUUGUUUCUCUGUCAUGUUUUCUUUGUGAACAGGAAUCGGUCAGAUUCAAGCGAUUUGCUUUUUACUUCCUCUUGAAUCAACUCGCAUAAGCACGCACUUAAAACCAAAGCAGCUUCGAUUGUCUUAUAAACAACUCUGUUCUUGCUAAGAGGUAAUGAAUAGCCUUUCUUUAGAACGUAAUAUAUGUCUGUCUAGCAUGCUUACAAGACUAGUUAAUGAAAGAUGAUCUAGAUAGUCUCUCAGUAAACCCAUCCGUCUCUACUUUUCAAAAAGAAAGCUAAACAAGUAUAUUAUUUAUACAAAAACUCAGGAAAUCCCUCAAAAAACUUCACAUUCUGAAAUAUGAUAAUAAACAAAUAAUCCUUCAAGCGACAAGUAGCAAGGUAACAUAUUGAAAGUAACAAACAUUUUC